GUUACCCAUUAACGAUAACUGGCAUUAAACACGGUGAUAUCGUAUUAUUAAUCUUGAUGUUAUAAUAUACCAUCUGUUAUUUGCUUUAAUUAAUCUAUUGAAACUUUGUCAUACUGUCCUUUUCCGCUCCCUGUUUUGAUACGCCUGUCAGUCAGUGUUGCCAUUUGAUUAUUAGGGUAGGAUAACCGGGUAUGUAAGAAUAACCUGAUAUAAAGAUGGAGAGAGAAAUCACACAGGCACGCGCCCAAUAUUUUAUUAAUACGCCAGGGCACGUUAAGAAAGCUGCUAUAAAGAGAGAAGGGAGGUUUGUGAUUUCCUCAAAAAUUUCAAUAUGCAUCAAUUAAAAAAAGAAGAUACGGUGUAUGUUAAUAUAAAGACUGUAUUAAGAUAUAUGAGAAGUAAUUAUGGAUUUUCUUUAACAGUAAGUUUUAGAUGCUGUCCCUUUAAGAGCUUAGUAACAGUAACCAUGAGGGGGCGUGGUUAGUGGAACCAGGAAGUGAAUCCAGAAAGCUGCAGGUUGCUGGCUCUGCCUGAGGAUCAGACAUGGAGAACAGGGGGCUCUCUGCAGGGGCCAGUGGGUCCCACUGGGAAGGUAACACUGCGGGGAGGGGGGAGGAUGAGGGGGGCACUAAUUAACCCCUUCAUGGCUCUCACUGAGACACACACUACAAUACAUUCUGUGUACACACACACACUAUAAUACAUUCUGUGUACACACACACACUAUAAUACAUUCUGUGUACACACACACACUAUAAUACAUUCUGUGUACACACACACACUAUAAUACAUUCUGUACACACACACAUUAUAAUACAUUCUGUAUACAAACACACACACACACACAUUAUAAUACAUUCUGUGUACACACACACACACACACACACAUUAUAAUACAUUCUGUAUACAAACACACAGACACACAUUAUAAUACAUUCUGUAUACACACACACACAGACAUUAUAAUACAUUCUGUAUACACACACACACAGACAUUAUAAUACAUUCUGUAUACACACACACACAGACAUUAUAAUACAUUCUGUAUGCAAACACACACAGACACACAUUAUAAUACAUUCUGUAUACACACACACACAGACAUUAUAAUACAUUCUGUAUACACACACACACAUUAUAAUACAUUCUGUAUACAAACACACACAGAGACACAUUACAAUACAUUCUGUGUACACACACACACAGAGACACAUUAUAAUACAUUCUGUAUACACACACACACACAUUAUAAUACAUUCUGUAUACAAACACACACAGACACACAUUAUAAUACAUUCUGUAUACAAACACACAUUAUAAUACAUUCUGUAUACACACACACACACACUACAAUACAUUCUGUAUACACACACACAGACAUUAUAAUACAUUCUGUAUACAAACACACACAGACACACAUUAUAAUACAUUCUGUAUACACACACACACAGACAUUAUAAUUCUGUAUACACACACACACAGACAUUAUAAUACAUUCUGUAUGCAAACACACACAGACACACAUUAUAAUACAUUCUGUAUACACACACACACAGACAUUAUAAUACAUUCUGUAUACACACACACACAUUAUAAUACAUUCUGUAUACAAACACACACAGAGACACAUUACAAUACAUUCUGUGUACACACACACACAGAGACACAUUAUAAUACAUUCUGUAUACACACACACACACACACAUUAUAAUACAUUCUGUAUACAAACACACACACACACACAUUAUAAUACAUUCUGUAUACAAACACACAUUAUAAUACAUUCUGUAUACACACACACACUACAAUACAUUCUGUAUACACACACACAGACAUUAUAAUACAUUCUGUAUACAAACACACACAGACACACAUUAUAAUACAUUCUGUAUACACACACACACAGACAUUAUAAUACAUUCUGUAUACACACACACACAGACAUUAUAAUACAUUCUGUAUACAAACACACACAGACACACAUUAUAAUACAUUCUGUAUACACACACACACAGACAUUAUAAUACAUUCUGUAUACACACACACACAUUAUAAUACAUUCUGUAUACAAACACACACAGAGACACAUUACAAUACAUUCUGUGUACACACACACACAGAGACACAUUAUAAUACAUUCUGUAUACACACACACACACACAUUAUAAUACAUUCUGUAUACACACAGACACACAUUAUAAUACAUUCUGUAUACAAACACACAUAAUACAUUCUGUACACACACACAUUACAAUACAUUCUGUACACACACACAUUACAAUACAUUCUGUGUACACACAGACACACAUAAUACAUUCUGUAUACAAACACAUAAUACAUUCUGUACACACACACAUUACAAUACAUUCUGUGUACACACAGACACACAUAAUACAUUCUGUAUACAAACACACAAUACAUUCUGUACACACACACAUUACAAUACAUUCUGUUUACACACACUCUGUAAUAAGAAAUUCAGUGUGUAUCCAAUGUGCGCGCGCGCACACACACUAUAUGAGGGCCAAGGUUUACCCAUUGUGUGUGUGUGUGUGUGUACACACAUUACAAUACAUUAUUUGUACACACUAUAGGUUCCGUUAUUUGUGUUGCUAACCCAGUCGUGAUCUGUCGCUGUUAUUCCUUCUUAUAGAUGAGGACGACGAUGAUGAUGAAGAGGAAGAUGUGCUUCCAGUUCCCCCACUUCAAACAGAAAUCAGUUCUGGCUGGAGGAAUUUGUCAGCUUUCUGGUAAAUAUGUUGCAAAAUGUCACUGCAGGCUGUCUCACACUGUCUGGACGUGUCAGCGGCUGUCUCACACUGUCUGGACGUGUCAGCGGCUGUCUCACACUGUCUGGACGUAUCACACUCUCAGUGGCUGUCUCUCUCUUUUAGGUUACUUGGUUUGUGUAAUAACUUUGCCUACGUGGUCAUGCUCAGUGCGGCUCACGACAUUCUCAGAACGGAGACCAAUGAGACCUCCACGGUGAGUGUUCCCUUUGAGGAAACAGACAGAAUGUUAUCCCUGUAAGGCUGCACCAAGCUUCCGUGGCAGGGUUGUGGUAUAAUAGUAAGUAUGGUGACUAUGUAAUAGUACACUGGGAGUCCGUGGCAGGGUUGUGGUAUAAUAGUGAGUAUGGUGACUAUGUUAGAUGACAUUGGGAGUCCGUGGCAGGGUUGGGGUAUAAUAGUGAAUAUGGUGACUAUGUAAGAUGACACUGAGAGUCCGUGGCAGGGUUGUGGUAUAAUAGUAAGUAUGGUGACUAUGUUAGAUGACACUGACAGUCCGUGGCAGGGUUGUGGUAUAAUAGUGAGUAUGGUGACUAUGUUAGAUGACACUGACAGUCCGUGGCAGGGUUGUGGUAUAAUAGUGAGUAUGGUGACUAUGUUAGAUGACAUUGGGAGUCCGUGGCAGGGUUGGGGUAUAAUAGUGAAUAUGGUGACUAUGUAAGAUGACACUGAGAGUCCGUGGCAGGGUUGUGGUAUAAUAGUAAGUAUGGUGACUAUGUUAGAUGACACUGACAGUCCGUGGCAGGGUUGUGGUAUAAUAGUGAGUAUGGUGACUAUGUUAGAUGACAUUGACAGUCCGUGGUAGGGUUGUGGUAUAAUAGUGAGUAUGGUGACUAUGUAAUAGUACAAUGGGACUUCGUGGCAGGGUUGUGGUAUAAUAGUGAGUAUGGUGACUAUGUAAUAGUACAAUCGGAGUCCGUGGCAGGGUUGUGGUAUAAUAGUGAGUAUGGUGACUAUGUUAGAUGACACUGACAGUCCGUGGCAGGGUUGUGGUAUAAUAGUGAGUAUGGUGACUGUUAGAUGACAUUGGGAGUCCGUGGCAGGGUUGUGGUAUAAUAGUGAGUAUGGUGACUAUGUUAGAUGAUAUUGGGAGACCGUGGCAGGGUUGUGGUAUAAUAAUGAAUAUGGUGACUAUGUAAGAUGACACUGAGAGUCCGUGGCAGGGUUGUGCUAUAAUAGAGAGCAGUGUUUUGAUAAUUUUCUCUCUCUCUCUGUCUUUCUCUCCCUCCAGCUCAAUAUUUCCAGAUCUAACAACAGCCGGUAUGACUGUAAUGAAAUCUCCACCGCGGUACGAUCAGUCCUCUUCCUAUUUCUGUUUCAUUCACUGUUUAUGAUGUGUCUGUUUCAUAAAUUCCCAUGUAGUGCCACACAAGGUUUCCUUACAGUUUACUAUAAUUUCUGACCUCCGUACUCCAUCACAACUUCUCUCAUUUAAAUCCCUCUAUUCUGAUCUAUCUCACUCUCUACAUAUUUGAGUCUCUUAGUAUUUCUCUGUCUUUCACUAUACAUGUCUAUCUCACAGUAUUCAUUUCUGUAUCUAUCCAUCCACCACUUAGUGCUUGUGUGACAGACCGCCUGGCACCCGACCAGGUGCCUCUGCCAAUCGAUGCUCCUUAGUGCUCACCGAGUACUCCAAGCACUCCACCAGACCCCAUCAGCAUUGUAGUCCCCACUUCCAGCAUUACAGCUACCCACCCUGGACCCCAGUCCAGAUUCCAGCUUCACGUGGGUAGACCUCUCCUCCAAGAGAGUGUAGCAAUAUGCUCUUAAAAGAGCAAGUGAUUAUAACUCAGAGGAGUAUUGUGAUAUAGCAAUCCCCAGAGACGAGGCUCUGUAUUGAGGGUAGGCAGGAACUCGUUUAAUGGUAGCCACAACUGGCCUUUUAUGCAAGUCCCCAUGCAAGGGGCACUCUUCCUGGAUGUGAGAGUAAACCACAGUAUAAACAAUUACACAACCACAUUGGCUCUCAGAUCCAGGACACUCCCAUAGAUAAUCAGAACCUGGGAGAUAAUUGAGUCAUAGACUGUACUAAAUCAAUUAUCUCCAGGCAGAAAAACACAAAUUUGUAUUAACAAAAAAACCCAAAUACAUACAAAACUCCCCACAAAUGUUACAUCCCUUGAUAGCCCUGAUCUGGGUGACCAACAUAUCCAAAAAUCACCCAAAUCAGUUCAGGAGCUCAGGAGUUUCCUGGAAGUCAUUUAUUUGACCGACCGCACACAUGGUCCCAUGUCCAAAACAAUUCCAUAGAAUCAGGGCUUGCGGUCGGUCUAGUUCGGUAGUUUGGAAAACGAACUAACUACUGAACAUAGUCAAUGUUCUUAUCCUGGAGCUUGUUCCCCUCAACCAGACAAACUAUUUCACGAACAGUGCCCUUCUAAAGUGUAUAGAACCGAACUCAGGCGAUGAUAGAAGUCCAGCGGUGUUCAGGAGUUUCUGUAUCCAAUAUUAGUUCCAUGAGAUUCAUGCCCUAACACCGUUCCCUGCGUUCAUGCGAACAAGAUGGCCGCCACCUCAUGGUUGUCCAUAGCAAUUGCGGCCACCCAGACGAACAAUUAGAACACUGCGGUGAGAACCGUUCCAAGGUGUUAAUAGGUGUUAACAAGCUCCCAGGUGGUCACUGGUUCGUGUGGUUGUUUGGUAGUCGAAUGGGACAAUGUUAGAAUAGGAGGGGAAUGCAAACUACCAAACAGAAUAGCAAAAAGGCCCGAACAACGUCUUUUAUGAGCCUUUUUGCAUGGCCCAUAGUCCUGAGGUAGGAGGCUGCAAACCGGCUUCUCCAAGAACAUGUGGCGAGGUUACUUUCAACACAGCUUGUCUGAAACUCUUGUAACUAGUGUGUGAUAUACCCAUUACUGUAAGUUUUAACACUGCAGAGCUCUGUGAUACUCGUACACACUGCACAUUACUGUGAGUGCAGCUCAGAGAUACUGAUAUACACUGCCCAUUACUGUGGAGCUCUGUGAUACCGUCAUACACUACACAUUACUGUGAGUUUUAUUGCUGUGGAGCUCUGUGAUACCGUCAUACACUGCACAUUACUGUGAGUGUGAUUGCUGUGGAGCUCUGUGAUACCGUCAUACACUGCACAUUACUGUGGGUUUUAUUGCUGUGGAGCUCUGUGAUACUGUCAUACACUGCACAUUACUGUGGAGCUCUGUGAUACUGUCAUACACUGCACAUUACUGUGAGUUUUAUUGCUGUGGAGCUCUGUGAUACCGUCAUACACUGCACAUUACUGUGGGUUUAAUGCUAGAUAUCCUUUUAAUACAAAUGAAAGAUAGUUAUUUUGCUGGACUGUCCCUCCAAUUAUAGGGAUAUGUGCUAGUGUUUGUCUUUUGAUGUCUGUAUGUCUCGCCUGUUGAUGACGCUCUCUGUAAUUAAUGUUUUCCUUUAUCUAUCUGUGUUCCAGGCUGUACUUCUAGCGGAUAUUUUACCCACAUUGAUUAUCAAGUUCUCGGCUCCGCUCUACAUCCACCGGAUUCCGUACAAGUGAGACAUACAGAAAGAGAAAUUGUCUGCUCCCUGUUGCUGGGUAUCUGAUUUCUGCUAUCAUAGAGCAUCAUUUACACUGUCUCAGAGUCACAUAUUGUCAGUCUUUGACAGUCACAGUGUUGCUAUCUGUGUCGUCAGUUACAAUGUGUGUCUCUUACAUUAGCAUGAUGUUUGUGUCUGUCACCCAGUCACAGGCUGUCUGUCUCUUAAUCACAUGCUCUUUGUCUUGAUUUUCACUUCCACAGUGUCUAUUUCUGCCUCUCUGUUAACCGGUGUCUGUCUAUAGACAGGCUCCCUGACGGCGCCCCGGGCCACAGUUAAAGGGUGUCUCUCUCUGUCUCACAGUUAAAGGGUGUCUCUCUCUGUCUCACAGUUACAGGGUGUCUCUGUGCAUUCUCACAGCUGCAGCAAGUUUUCUCAUUGUCUCCUAUUCCACACAAAUCUCUGUGAGCCUUCUCGGUGAGUCUCAAACCUGUACAAACAUGUUUAUAUACCCUAUGUGUGUCUAUAUACAGCUCUAUGUACUGUGUGUGUCUCUAUAUACAGCUAGAUGCGCUCUGUGUGUAUACAGCUAUAUGUACUCUGGUUGACUCUAUAUACAGCUAUAUGUACUGUGUGUGUGUGUGUCUAUAUACAGCUAUAUGUACUCUGUGUGACUCUAUAUACAGCUAGAUGUACUCUGUGUGUCUCUAUAUACAGCUAGAUGUACUCUGUGUGACUAUAUACAGCUAGAUGUACUCUGUGUGUCUCUAUAUACAGCUAGAUGUACUCUGUGUGUCUCUAUAUACAGCUAGAUGUACUCUGUGUGUCUCUAUAUACAGCUAGAUGUACUCUGUGUGUCUCUAUAUACAGCUAGAUGUACUCUGUGUGACUCUAUAUACAGCUAGAUGUACUCUGUGUGACUCUAUAUACAGCUAGAUGUACUCUGUGACUCUAUAUACAGCUAGAUGUACUCUGUGUGUCUCUAUAUUCAGCUAGAUGUACUCUGUGUGACUCUAUAAACAGCUAGAUGUACUCUGUGUGACUCUAUAUACAGCUAGAUGUACUCUGUGACUCUAUAUACAGCUAGAUGUGCUCUGUGUGUCUCUAUAUACAGCUAGAUGUGCUCUGUGUGUCUCUAUAUACCGCUAGAUGUACUCUGUGUGUCUCUAUAUACAGCUAGAUGUACUCUGUGUGACUAUAUACAGCUAGAUGUACUCUGUGUGACUCUAUAUACAGCUAGAUGUACUCUGUGUGUCUCUAUAUACAGCUAGAUGUUCUCUGUGACUCUAUAUACAGCUAGAUGUACUCUGUGUGUCUCUAUAUUCAGCUAGAUGUACUCUGUGUGACUCUAUAAACAGCUAGAUGUACUCUGUGUGACUCUAUAUACAGCUAGAUGUACUCUGUGACUCUAUAUACAGCUAGAUGUGCUCUGUGUGUCUCUAUAUACAGCUAGAUGUGCUCUGUGUGUCUCUAUAUACCGCUAGAUGUACUCUGUGUGUCUCUAUAUACAGCUAGAUGUACUCUGUGUGACUAUAUACAGCUAGAUGUACUCUGUGUGACUCUAUAUACAGCUAGAUGUACUCUGUGUGUCUCUAUAUACAGCUAGAUGUACUCUGUGUGACUAUAUACAGCUAGAUGUACUCUGUGUGUCUCUAUAUACAGCUAGAUGUGCUCUGUGACUCUAGCAAGCUAGAUGUGCUCUGUGUUGAUACUCUAUAUACAGCUAGAUGUGCUCUGUGUGUCUCUAUAUACAUUGGAUGUGCUCUGUUAAUGAACUAUAUACAGCUGGAUGUGCUCUAUUGUGACUAUAUACGGCUAGAUGUGCUCUGUGUGACUCUAUAUACAGCUGGGUGUGCUCUGUGUUCUGACUCUAUAUACAGCUAGAUGUACUCUGUGUGACUCUAUAUACAGCUAGAUGUACUCUGUGUGUCUCUAUAUAGAGCUAGAUGUACUCUGUGUGACUCUAUAUACAGCUAGAUGUACUCUGUGUGUCUCUAUAUAGAGCUAGAUGUACUCUGUGUGACUCUAUAUACAGCUAGAUGUACUCUGUGACUCUAUAUACAGCUAGAUGUACUCUGUGUGUCUCUAUAUACAGCUAGAUGUACUCUGUGUGUCUCUAUAUACAGCUAGAUGUACUCUGUGUGACUCUAUAUACAGCUAGAUGUACUCUGUGUGACUCUAUAUACAGCUAGAUGUACUCUGUGUGACUCUAUAUACAGCUAGAUGUACUCUGUGUGACUCUAUAUACAGCUAGAUGUACUCUGUGUGUCUCUAUAUACAGCUAGAUGUACUCUGUGUGACUCUAUAUACAGCUAGAUGUACUCUGUGUGUCUCUAUAUAGAGCUAGAUGUACUCUGUGUGACUCUAUAUACAGCUAGAUGUACUCUGUGUGACUCUAUAUACAGCUAGAUGUACUCUGUGACUCUAUAUACAGCUAGAUGUAAUCUGUGUGUCUCUAUAUACAGCUAGAUGUACUCUGUGUGUCUCUAUAUACAGCUAGAUGUACUCUGUGUCUCUAUAUACAGCUAGAUGUACUCUGUGUGUCUCUAUAUACAGCUAGAUGUACUCUGUGUGUCUCUAUAUACAGCUAGAUGUACUCUGUGUGUCUCUAUAUACAGCUAGAUGUACUCUGUGUGUCUCUAUAUACAGCUAGAUGUACUCUGUGUGACUCUAUAUACAGCUAGAUGUACUCUGUGUGACUCUAUAUACAGCUAGAUGUACUCUGUGUGUCUCUAUAUACAGCUAGAUGUACUCUGUGUGUCUCUAUAUACAGCUAGAUGUACUCUGUGUGUCUCUAUAUACAGCUAGAUGUACUCUCUGUGACUCUAUAUACAGAUAUAUGUGCUCUGUAUGUCUGGAAAUAUUAUGUACCUUGUGCAAUGAAGACUGGUAUAACAGCUACCUGUUCAUUUAUUUCCUCCCGAACUGCCUGAGCCUGAAUGAUUAUACCUUGCAGUUCGGGUGUUGGUUCAAAUGAUUCUCCAUAUGAAUGACAGUCUCCCAAGUAUAUUCUCCCAGUAAAGUAGACAGGUACCCAAACAUCAGCCGAAACUAGAUGAAGGGUAUAACAGGAAUGAUUUUAAUGGGUGCCACACUGGCUUUUAUGCAAGUCCCCAUGCAAGGGGCACUCCCACAUGGACCUUGUGGGGAACAUGGACACAAAGGUUACAGCCAAUAAUAAUACAGUGACAAAGUGUGACACUCCUAAUACAAACAGAUAAUCCCCUACUCUCCAUAAUUGGGUCAGAUAAAGUAAUAACUCAAUUAUCUCCAGGCAGAAAAAACACAUUUUUCACAAAACUUGUAAAGUACCCCAAAACCCAUUAAAUCCCCUGAUCUGGGUGACCAACAUAUCCAAAUAUCAACCAAAUCAGUUCAGGGGUUUUGGAAUUUUAUGGAAGUCCAAUUUUGACCGACCGCACACGAGGCUCCUGCCCAGAAACAGUUCCAUGAGUUGAGGCUGUGUGGCCGGUCUAUUUCAAAAAGUCAUAAAAACGGAUAAAUGCACUAACUGCACCCCCUGGCUCGUGGGAACAAAACUACUGAACAGCGCUCUCCUGGCUGUUCAGGAAAAGGAAGCAGGCGUUCAUACAGUUUGACCCGUGUUCAGGAAGUCAAGUGUGCGAUUUUAGUUCCAGACACUCGACGACCAACUCCCGCUGCCUCCUUUCGUACGAUCAAGAUGGCUGCCGUUUUCUCCUGUACGUGGCGUUCGACUAUAUGAACGGGGCCACACAGGGAGAACACUUAAUUGCCUGCUCUCUUUGAAGAUAAUGAGCCAGGGGGGUGGUCGGUGUUCGGUAGUUACAGCUACCGAAUGCAAAAAGUCAACCGAAAUAACACUGUAAUUUCUUCACACCUUGUAAUUAAUUACUCUCCUUCUCCAGGUGUUGUUUUUGCCAGUGUAUCGUCAGGAUUGGGGGAGAUAACUUUUCUCAGCCUCACUGCUUUCUUCCAAAGGUACCAGAUAUAUUUGUAUUUGUAAAACAGGUUAGGGGGGUUUACACAGCACAGACUCCCUACACACAUCCUGAAGAAGAGUCUAAAUAUUUAACUUCCUUUUAUGGUUGUUUAAUUUACAGUUUCUUAUCUCCUGCUUUAAUUGCCUGCUGCAUUAAGCUUGUGUGUGAUUAAAGUUUAAUAAACAGAGCAGGAGAUAAAAACUUCUAAAGUAAACACACUGUGCUGUAAGAUCUGACUUAAAAUUAAAACUCUCUUCAUGUUGGUGGCAUGAGUCACAACAAGGUCAGGUGUGGCUAGGGUUGUAUAAUCAAAGUGAUGUUUUAACUCCGAAAUAAAAGAGAAUUGAGCAGAAAACUGAUUUAUUAAAGGGACACUAUAGUCACCAAACCAAUUGUAUCUUAUUAAAGCUGCUUUGGUGUAUAAUAAAUAAAAAGAACUUAAAUGACUGACAUAGGGUUUGUGAGAACCGAGGUAAGUGGAAACAAAAACAAAAAAGAAUAACUAAUACCUUUUAAAAUGUAACAUUUAUUUAUAUAAUUAAAAAAUAUAAUUUAGUGCUAUGGCUUAAGAUCAUGUUAUGGGUUACACCACAUUUGGAAUGCUUAUGUGGAUUACACUGAUCUAUUUUCUUUUUAGCUUUGGUUUUAUAUAGAUAAUGCCCCUGCAGUCUCAUUGCUCCAUUAUCUGCCAUUUAGGAGUUAAAUCACUUUCUUUAUGCACGUGACUUACACAGCCUUCCUAAACCACUUCCUGUAAAGAGUCAUCUAAUGUUUACACUUCCUCUAUUGUUUAAUGUAGAAUGUAUUCUCUCAUGUUCUGUUAAGAAUAUGAAGACCAUAAAGGAUUAAAAGAAACAAUAGUGCUCACUGUAUAAAAGAUGCCAGGAUUAAAAUGUUAUUUAUUGCAGCAGAUCCGAUGCCAUCAGCAUCUUUAUCCCACAAUGCAUUGCAUACUUUUCAUUCUGUCUGAGUGCAGUAUGACUGCGUGUAGAUUUGUGCUCAAUAAAUGUACAGAGUGUGAAUAAGAGAAUGUAUUCUCAGUACAAUACACUGAGCAGGAAUAAGAGAAUGUAUUCUCAGUACAAUACACCGAGCGGGAAUAAGAGAAUGUAUUCUCAGUACAAUACACCGAGCGGGAAUAAGAGAAUGUAUUCUCAGUACAAUGCACCGAGCGGGAAUAAGAGAAUGUAUUCUCAGUACAAUGCACCGAGCGGGAAUAAGAGAAUGUAUUCUCAGUAGCGGGAAUAAGAGAAUGUAUUCUCAGUACAAUACCGAGCGGGAAUAAGAGAAUGUAUUCUCAGUACAAUACACCGAGCGGGAAUAAGAGAAUGUAUUCUCAGUACAAUACACCGAGCGGGAAUAAGAGAAUGUAUUCUCAGUACAAUACACCGAGCGGGAAUAAGAGAAUGUAUUCUCAGUACAAUACACUGAGCGGGAAUAAGAGAAUGUAUUCUCAGUACAAUAUACCGAGCGGGAAUAAGAGAAUGUAUUCUCAGUACAAUAUACCGAGCGGGAAUAAGAGAAUGUAUUCUCAGUACAAUACACCAAGUGGGAAUAAGAGAAUGUAUUCUCAGUACAAUACACCGAGUGGGAAUAAGAGAAUGUAUUCUCAGUACAAUACACCGAGUGGGAAUAAGAGCGUGUAUUCCAUAAAUUUGCAGAAGACUCUGGAAACGCAAUGAAUAGAUUAAAUGACAUUGUUUUUAUGGUGUGUAAAGACAUUAUAUUGAUUCCAGUCUCCAUACAAAGCUCUACAAUGUGAUAUCAGUGAUUUGUCUGUAUCCCAUACCUGAAUAAGCUUUUUUACUCCACAGUGAUGUGGUCUCAUUCUGGUCAUCUGGCACUGGGGGAGCUGGCAUCUUGGGUUCCCUUUCCUAUUUGGGACUAACGUUGGCUGGUCUGUCUGCUCGGAACUCUCUCCUUGUUAUGCUCAUGAUACCAGCUUUACUCCUCAUUAGGUGAGCUGCUGAAGACUGGCCAGGGUAAAUCAGACUCAUAGACCUGUUGGGUCGGGGGGAUAAUUAGGAUAGAUGGUAGAUAUAAUGGAAUUAUGAUGGGAGUAGGAGAAGGAAUAAACGGACUGGUAUGAUUUGGAGUGGGGUGGAAUAAAGAAGUGUAUAUAAUGGGUAGUGGAUGGGAAAGAGGCUGGUAUGAUGGGAGUGGUGGGAGAUGGAUAAUAAGGACUGGUGAUGGGAGUGGUGGGAGAUGGAUAAAAGAGACUGGUGUGAUGGGAGUAGUGGGAGAUGGAUAAAAGGGACUGGUGUGGUGGGAGAUGGAUAAAAGGGACUGGUGUGGUGGGAGAUGGAUAAAAGGGACUGGUGUGGUGGGAGAUGGAUAAAAGGGACUGGUGUCAUGGGAGUGGUGGGAGAUGGAUAAAAGGGACUGGUGUCAUGGGAGUGGUGGGAGAUGGAUAAAAGGGACUGGUGUGGUGGGAGAUGGAUAAAAGGGACUGGUGUCAUGGGAGUGGUGGGAGAUGGAUAAAAGAGACUGGUGUGAUGGGAGAUGGAUAAAAGGGACUGGUGUGGUGGGAGAUGGAUUAAAGGGACUGGUGUGGUGGGAGAUGGAUAAAAGGGACUGGUGUGGUGGGAGAUGGAUUCAAGGGACUGGUGUGGUGGGACUGGUGGGAGAUGGAUAAAAGGGACUGGUGUGAUGGGAGUAGUAGGAGAUGGAUAAAAGGGACUGGUGUGGUGGGACUGGUGGGAGAUGGAUAAAAGGGACUGGUGUGAUGGGAGUGGUAGAAAUGAGGAUUUUAUUAAAUUAGUCUUUGGACGGUAGGUCUCCCUCAUUCUAGUUGUUAUUGACUAAAACUUCCAGAACUUUUAGAAACCUGGCAGCUUCAUCCCUGAGUGUGGCUAUCAUUUAAUUUCACCUCUUUUGUCUCCUGCCCGCCCUCCCACCUUUAUUCAGUUACUUUUUCCUGAUGCGCCCCCCAUCCUCGCUUCCCCGAUGGUUUUUCCCAAAAGCUGCAGAGACAAGUGUCACGGAUCGACAGCCUCUUAUACAGGCAUCAGCCUCUACAGUGACAGGUACAGCCUCUUAUACAGAACACAGUGACAGGCAUCAGCCUCUACAGUGACAGGUACAGCCUCUAAUACAGAACACAGUGACAGGCAUCAGCCUCUACAGUGACAGGUACAGCCUCUUAUACAGAACACAGUGACAGGCAUCAGCCUCUACAGUGACAGGUACAGCCUCUUAUACAGAACACAGUGACAGGCAUCAGCCUCUACAGUGACAGGUACAGCCUCUUAUACAGAACACAGUAAUGGGUACAGCCUCUAAUACAGAACACGGUGACCGGUACAUUGUCUAAUACAGAACACAGUGACCGGUACGGCCUCUAAUACAGGACACAGUGACGGGUACAGCCUGUAAUACAGAACACGGUGACAGGAACAUUGUCUAAUACAGAACACGGUGACAGGUACAGCCUCUAAUACAGAACACUGUGACAGGUACAUCGUCUAAUACAGAACACAUUGACAGGUACAUCGUCUAAUACAGAACACAGUGACAGGUACAUCGUCUAAUACAGAACACAUUGACAGGUGCAUCGUCUAAUACAGAACACAGUGACAGGUACAGCCUCUAAUACAGAACACAGUAACGGGUACAGCCUUUACAUUAUUUUCAAUGCCUUAAAAAUCUCUGUUUUAACGUUCUUUUAAUAAAGGAAUCACUCUCUAUAGUGACACAUACAGUAUUAUACAGAGUGCGUCUUUAGUGUAUUCUGGUUCACUGGGUUUUGCGUUUUAUAUUUUUGCUGUUCUUGUUUAGAGAUCUGCAUACAUUAUUUCCAAUGCCUUCAAAUUCUGACUCUAUAAAGGGGUCUCUCUCUGUACCAGGUUUAUUAUGAAUAUUCUGCUCUUUUCUUUAAUUUAUUGUAACCAUUCACAUGCUGCAUUUUCUGUCUGAUCAACCCUUCAGAUCCUGAUUUGACAACUUCACAGAAAUGGAAGAUUAUACCAGUGAGAAUCUCUUUAUAUCUCAUAUCCCACAGUCUGUCUCUAUUCUUUUCUCCUGCAGUCUGCCUGUCUAUUCUUUCUCCCACAGUCUGUCUCUAUUCUUUCUCCCACAGUCUGCCUGUCUCUAUUCUUUCUCCCGAAGUCUGCCUGUCUCUAUUCUUUCUCCCGCAGUCUGCCUGUCUAUUCUUUCUCCCACAGUCUGCCUGUCUCUAUUCUUUCUCCCGCAGUCUGCCUGUCUCUAUUCUUUCUCCCGCAGUCUGCCUGUCUCUAUUCUUUCUCCCGCAGUCUGCCUGUCUCUGUUCUUUCUCCCGCAGUCUGCCUGUCUCUGUUCUUUCUCCCGCAGUCUGCCUGUCUCUGUUCUUUCUCCCGCAGUCUGCCUGUCUCUAUUCUUUUCUCCCGCAGUCUGCCUGUCUCUAUUCUUUUCUCCCGCAGUCUGUCUCUCUAUUCUUUCUCCCGCAGUCUGCCUGUCUCUAUUCUUUCUCCCGCAGUCUGCCUGUCUCUAUUCUUUCUUCCGCAGUCUGCCUGUCUCUAUUCUUUUCUCCCGCAGUCUGCCUGUCUCUAUUCUUUCUCCCGCAGUCUGCCUGUCUCUAUUCUUUUCUCCCGCAGUCUGCCUGUCUCUAUUCUUUUCUCCCGCAGUCUGCCUGUCUCUAUUCUUUUCUCCCGCAAUCUGCCUGUCUCUAUUCUUUUCUCCCGCAGUCUGCCUGUCUCUAUUCUUUUCUCCCGCAGUCUGCCUGUGUUUAGUCUUACAAUCUCUCUCUACAAUGUUCUUUUAUUAUACUAUACUGGCUCUGUGUAGUCUGUUACUGUCUGGAUAUCCCCUCUUUGUGGUUAACCAUUCCAUGUUUAAUUACAAUAAGUGCUUGCCCUCACGCUGUCUGUCUGCUGUCUCUUACUACCACUCUUUACUGUUUUGUUGACUUUAUACUUGGCUGUCUCUCUCCCACUUUUCGUUCUCUCUCUAUAUUCUAACGAAUGUUCCUUGUUUCAUCGUAGUCCCUGCUGAAAUAUAUGAUCCCGCUGGCGAUUGUAUACUUUGCUGAAUAUUUUAUCAACCAGGGGCUGGUAAGUCUGGGGAUUUAUUGGAGGUUCUGGUCCUGCGAGACUGGAGAUACCGUUGAGAACACCGAAUGGGUUGAUCUGAGUAUUUAAGGUCCAAUUAUUAAACAGAACAAUGCCAUCAAUGUAGGUGUAUAGGAAAUACAAUUCUGAUAUGAUGGAGGUGAUAUGACAAUAUAGAAAGGUAGUUACUGUUGGGUAGGAUACGAGACAGGCUGAUGAGGCUAUGAGAAUAUGGACAUUAAGGUUCUCUAUUGUAUAGUACAUUAGCUGGGAUGGUGUGACUAGGAGAAUGCAGUGGUGGGUCGUACAUGGUAGGAUAUUAGAUUAGUUGAUGGGACUUCUAGAUUUGAUAAUGAGAAUGUCAGGGUGGGAUUAAUAUUUAUCUUUCUUCCUCCCAGUAUGAACUCAUAUAUUUUCCAGACGUUUCCAUGAGUCACUCUGAGCAGUAUCGAUGGUAAGUCUAAUCCGCUCGCAAUUUAUAAAUAAAAUUACUUCACCGUUGCAACCCCACAUGGGCUCCCUCUCAACCCCUUCCUGCCAUACGGGCUCCAGUCAUCUAUUCUCUUACUGCUGCUGUGUCUCCCCAUUCCAUCACUAUUUACAGAAAUAAAGAAGUUUGUUCUACAGGGCUAACAGAAGCAAUCUCUAACUCUUUAUCUUUACGUCUUGUCCUUGUCUGUCCGCAGGUAUCAGAUGCUGUACCAGGCAGGAGUGUUUGUGUCUCGCUCGUCCCUUCGCUGUGUGACUAUCAGAAGGAUCUGGAUUCUGUCCCUCCUCCAGGUAUGUCUGUCUGUCUGUCUCUGCAAUCUGGGUUUCAGCCCACAAUCUCAGAGUCUCUGUAACGUCAUGUUUUUCAUUUUGUUUAGUGUGCGCUGGCUAUUUUCCUCCUCUUUGGGAUUGCGUACCUCUUCCUGCCCAGCAUUGGGCUGCCCGUUAUUUUCCUGAUAAUAAUAUUUGAAGGUUUGCUGGGGGGAGCUGCAUAUGUGAACUCAUUCAACAACAUUGCAGUCAAUGUAAGUAGACACUGCUUUUUAAUAUGACCUCCUACAGUCCUUAAUAGCUCAGGCAACCUCGACCUGCAGAACACUAUAAACACAGGAUUAUGACUGAGUAAAUUCAUACACAUGGUCCAUACACAGCCCCAGUUAAAGAAAUUGCUGUUAACAUGCAGAGUUUAACAUUAUGGAUGAUCGGUGUCCUAUAAUCUCCCAAGAAAGACUGAAUGGGGCUAAACAUUUAUUGGAAGAUAUGGGUAAACCAUCUGAAUUUACAUUGUGUUACGAAAGCUGGGGGAUCGUCUCCUAUCACGCUGUAUCGUGCACCUCUCUCCUACUCAGUAAAUGUUCUUCAGAGAUUGUGCAAAGGGAAAUACCUUCCUCCGGCCCUAUGAAAGAUGUCAGAAUCCAAACAUUCCCACCUUAGAUGGGUGAUAUUAAUGUUAAAGCUCCCACUUUCCAUGAUAUUAAGAUUUCUACAUUAAUGUCAUUUUCCUCUGUGCGAUGAGAAUAUGUUAAUUCCUCUGUGUUUUUAAAAUGUUUCCUUCCCACAGAGCAAGCCUGAGCACAAAGAGUUUUCUAUGGGUGUUGCCUGUGUGUCUGACACUCUGGGGAUAUCCCUGUCUGGGGCGAUCGCCAUCCCAGUCCAUAACUACUUCUGCAGUCUGCCAUGAGAAAAGGAUUCUGGGUCCAAAAUGCUAUAUUGCACGUCUACUCCAGGAGGAGAGCACAAAUCAUUGUAUGAAGGAAAUGGUCCGAGUACCUGGAAGCCAUCUAAAUUGACUUCACUUCCCAUGCCUGCACUCAGAUCAAUAACUGAUCAAUUGAUUGAUCUAGAAUAUUGAAGAUUUUCUAUGUCGUCUUUUUUUUAUUUCACUAGAAAUGUUACAUUUUCUUAUCAACAUCAUGACCAACUCGGAUUAAAAGCUGCAGUGCCUGAUUGUAAUAGAUCUUACCAAUUCACAGAUAUCUGGAUUUAUUAGGUAAUUGCUGAAAAAAGUAUUUAAAUGUAUUCUGUUUAAAACACUACUUGUUGUUUUAUUAUUUGUUUGUAUUGUACAUUACUGCUGGAGAUAUUGUAUCUGUUUAAAUGUAUAGUAUGGCAUUCAUUGUCAGAGUGUAGUAAAGCACAUGGCCUGAAGGGGUCACUAAUGCACACACCCCUUGCACUAUUCUAAGUAUUUAACCAGGAAAGGUACAUUCAGAUUACUCUGGGUCUCAAGUACGUUCUGGGACUGUUACUUUUGCCCAGCAUCCAGGGGUUGUUAUUAUUAUCCAAUGUAAUGGUAUUCCAUUUAUCUAACUCAGAAGGAUGAAUACACAAAAUACUUUAUUGUCGUGACAAAUUAGCUGAUGCUAAGUACCAUCACACAAUUUAAAGUGCGACAAUCUCUUAAAGCUGUCCGUUAGCCAUCUGAGAAGUUAAUGGUUUCCUCUGUUCAUUGUGUCCACAUUCUGCAUGUCUUUGCUCAAUAAUAGAUUUGAACCACCAGGAAGAUUAAUCAGUCCUGGCUUCCAAGGCUGAAUGGAUGCUUAUUGCUGACUUUCUAUAUUAAACAUGUGAAAAGUAUAGUAUAAACCAUGGGUCGUCAACCUGGUCACUAUCGCCCACUAGUGGGCGUUUCAGGAUUCCAGGUGGGUGGUAGGGAUUUCGGCGGCUAAAACUUCAGUUUGAGAGCGUGGGUGGCAGGGCCGGACUGGCCCAGCUAGGGCUGGGCUGACAGCCCUAAUGAUUAUUAUGAUUAGUCCUCCCCUCGGACUUUGCCAGCCUGUCAGUCCGAGGGGAGUAAGGAGGGAGGAGCUGGAGGCUGGUGUGGCUGCCAGCGGCCGCAGGGAGACCUGUCAGUCUCCCUGCACAGUCUGAAACCAUUUUGGCCACAUGCCCCGCCCCCAAACGGAAACUACGCCUCCCACACACAAGCUCCAAAAACACCCUUUAAAACACCCUCCUUUCUAAAAAAUAUUCUGCACUUGCGCGAAAACUGGGGGGUGGUAAGGAAAUUUUUCCAUCAAGAAAGAUGCAUUAGUGGGCGGCAGAUAGAAAAAGGUUGACUACCCCUGGUAUAAACCCUCAGAUCCUGGUAACAAUAACUUGCAAAAAGGUGUACAGCUUUCCAUGGAUGUAACCAGAAAUGUUUAGAGAGAACACAGGACAUGUUUAGGGAGGGUUACAUAGGACAAAAGGUGUUGUUUACUACACAUAACAAAACUACAAUUUGCAUAGAUAAAGUAUGGCUGUGAGAUCCUGGCGCCCGACCUAUUGGACACAAUGUGCUGUCUUAACCAGGAGAGUCUAACAAAUGUAAAUCAAAUCCAUUCUUUCCUUAAACAAUAUAGCCGCUUUAAUUUAAUUUUGUGAGAUCCUAUUGUUACUGCAGUAGCAUACAUAUCCAUAGAUAUCAGGGAGGUCCACUUCCAUUAUACCCUGAGGGACUGACAUGCUCUACUGGGCUAUACAAUAUACACAAAUGGGAGCAGAUCUGGAGAGGAGCUGAGAGCUGGGACAGACGGAUAUCCAUCAUUAAAGGCUCUACCAUGUGUUAUCUUUGGUGUACUGUUAUGUUUUAUCUAGAGAAAGUUUUUCUAUGGUUUAUAAGUAAAGAAAUGGUUCUUUGAUAAAUUAAGAGCGAGAGCUAUAUUCCAUUCUUACACUUCUACCCUUUUUGGCUGUUAAAGAGUCGAAUUAAAG